AAUUUGGAAGUAUUUCCCACGCUGUGCAGACCCAGUAGAACUCCAGGAGAGUCUAAGUGAAGUCCCGGCAGCAUCAGCAAAAAUGGCUCCAUCAGCCAUGUCUGUGGCUCCAUCUUCCUCUCUCCGCCCCUCUAGUCUCUCCACAUCCCUCCUCUUCUUCCUCCUCUCCUGCUUUCUCCUCCUGUCAUGUCCUGGAUCGGUCCACGCAGGUUCAUCUGACACAAACUGCUCAGCUAGUGGAGACCCCUGUCAGGAAGGAGUGGUACUGCCCGUGUGGAACCCUCAGAACCCCUCUGUUGGGGACAAAGUGGCACGGGCCAUUGUUUACUUUGUAGCACUCAUCUAUAUGUUCCUGGGCAUGAGCAUUAUAGCGGACCGAUUCAUGUCUUCUAUAGAGGUCAUAACCUCCCAGGAGAAGGAAAUCACUAUAAAGAGGCCGAAUGGUGAGACCACCACAGCCACGGUCAGGAUCUGGAAUGAGACGGUUUCUAAUCUCACUCUAAUGGCCUUGGGUUCUAGUGCCCCCGAGAUACUGCUGUCCGUUAUUGAGGUGUGUGGUCACGGUUUCGAGGCUGGCUCUCUGGGUCCCAGCACCAUCGUGGGCAGUGCUGCCUUCAACAUGUUUGUUAUCAUCGCUCUGUGUGUGUACGUGGUUCCUGACGGUGAGACACGAAAAAUCAAACACCUUCGGGUGUUCUUCGUCACGGCGGCCUGGAGUAUCUUCGCCUACAUCUGGCUUUACCUGAUUCUGAGUGUGUUUUCCCCUGGAGAGGUGGAGGUAUGGGAGGCGGUGCUGACCUUCCUCUUCUUCCCCCUCUGCGUGGUCCAGGCCUGGGUGGCCGACCGUCGCCUCCUCUUCUACAAGUACGUCCGCAAGCGUUACCGCGCUGACAAGCACCGCGGCAUCAUCAUCGAGACCGAGGGAGGGGCGGACGGAGGGUUAGGAGGCAUGGAUGGAGGAGUAGGGGGUGGAGCACUGGGUCCGGGUGGGUUCACCAAGAUGGACAUGCUGGAGCUGGAUGGACAGAUGGCGUUGAACUGUCACAGCGGGAUGGACGGAGGGAUGAUGGAGGAGGGAGGAGCAAAGGACGAGGAGGACGAGGCCAGAAGGGACAUGGCGAGGACGCUAAAGGACCUGAAGCAGAGGCACCCGGAUAAAGACAUGGAGCAGCUGAUUGAGAUGGCUAACUAUCAGGUCCUGAUGCAGCAGCAGAAGAGCAGAGCAUUUUACCGUAUCCAGGCAACCAGGAUGAUGAUCGGAGCUGGCAACAUCCUCAAGAAGCACGCUGCCGACCAGGCUCGCAAGGUGGUGAGCAGCCAUGAGACUCAGGCCACGGAGGAUGACCCUCACACCAUCAGGAUGGAGUUUGAACCCUCUUUGUACCAGUGCUUUGAAAACUGUGGCUCCUUGAAAUUGACCGUUGCUAGACACGGAGGAGACCCUGGAGUUACUGUAAAGGUGGAUUAUCGCACCGAGGACGGUACCGCAAACGCAGGUUCAGAUUAUGAGUUUGCAGAGGGAACACUGCUGUUUAAGCCAGGAGAGACCCUCAAAGAGUUCUUUCUCCAACCUGCGUAA